GGGUCAGCGCCUGGGAUUGGCUGUUAUCGUCCGACCCCUCUUACUGCUUUCCACUCUUUCUCGCCUGCAGGCGCCUGCGCAAUGGGUUGGCCGUGGGGGGCGGGAAGCGCUUCGGGGCAGUGGAGCCCAUGUCGGCCUUGAGGCGUACGGGCUACGGCCCCAGUGACGGUCCGUCUUAUGGUCGCUACUACGGGCCUGGGGGUGGAGAUGUGCCAGUGCACCUUCCCCCGCCCAUAUAUCCUCCCCUUCGCCCCGAACCUCCCCAGCCUCCCAUUUCCUGGCGGGUGCGCGGGGGCGGCCCGCCUGAGACCACCUGGCCCGGAGAAGGCGGAGGUGGAGAUGGCUACUAUCCCUCCGGGGGCGCCUGGCCGGAGCCGGGUCGAGCUGCAGGAAGCCACCAGGAGCAGCCACCAUAUCCUGGCUACAGUUCUAACUACUGGAAUUCUCCUGCACGACCUAGGGCCCCAUACCCAAGUACAUAUCCUAUCAGACCAGAUUUGCAAGGCCAGAGUUUGAAUUCUUAUACAAAUGGAGCAUAUGGUCCACCAUAUCCCCCAGGCCCUGGGGCAAAUACUGCCUCAUAUUCAGGGGCUUAUUAUGCACCUGGCUAUUCUCAGACCAGUUACUCUACAGAAGUUCCAAGCACUUAUCGAUCACCUGGCAACAGCCCAACCCCAGCCUCUCGUUGGAUGUAUCCCCAACAGGACUGUCAGACUGAAGCGCCCCCUCUUAGAGGGCAGGUUCCAGGAUAUCCUGCUUCACAGAACCCUGGAAUGACCCUGCCCCAUUAUCCUUAUGGGGAUGGUAAUCGUAGUGUUCAGCAGUCAGGACCAACUGUACGACCACAAGAGGAUGCAUGGGCUGCUUCUCCUGGUGCUUAUGGGAUAGGCACCCGCUACCCCUGGCCUUCAGCUGCGCCCUCAGUACCACCUGGGAAUCUCUACAUGACUGAAUCAACUUCAUCGUGGCCUAGCAGUGGCUCUCCUCAGCCACCUCCUUCACCACCACCCCAGCAGUCCAAGGAUUCCUCAUACCCCUAUAGCCAAGAUCAAGGCAUGAACCGGCACAACUUUCCUUGCAGUGUCCAUCAGUAUGAAUCCUCCGGGACAAUGAACAAUGAUAAUUCAGACCUUUUGGAUUCCCAAGUCCAAUAUAGUGCUGAGCCUCAACUGUAUGGUAAUGCCACCAAUGAGCAUCCUGGUAAUCAAGAUCAGAGUAAUAAUCUUCCUGAAGAAUGUUUAUCUUCAGAUGAAGGUACUCCUCCAAGUAUUAAAAAAAUCAUACAUGUAUUGGAGAAGGUCCAGUAUCUUGAGCAAGAAGUAGAAGAGUUUGUAGGAAAAAAGACAGACAAAGCAUACUGGCUUCUGGAAGAAAUGCUAACAAAGGAACUUUUGGAACUGGAUUCUGUUGAAACUGGGGGCCAGGACUCUGUCCGGCAGGCCAGGAAAGAGGCUGUUUGUAAGAUCCAGGCCAUACUGGAAAAAUUAGAAAAAAAAGGAUUAUGAAAGGAUUUAGAACAAAGUGGAAGCCUGUUAAUAACUUGGCCAAAGAACUCUUGAUUUUGGUUAGUUACUGUCUUUUUGAAAUGCCUGUUGAUGACAAGAAGCAAUACAUUCCAAAUUUCCUUUGAUUUAAUUUAAAACUUGAAAAGUUGGUAAAGGAAUGGAAGAACACUUUAGUUACGAGAUUUUUCAGUUCUCAGACGAAUGAAUGUAAUAGAAAACUGGAAUUACUAAUAUUGCCAAGUAGACUCACUUCUUAAGAAAUUUGGGGACAUUUUUAAGCUGCUUCUUAUCAGCAGGAGAGAAAUACAUUUCAUGUAACAGGCUAUCAGAAACCUACCAGAUGAAACUGGAUAUAAUCUGAGACAAACAGAAUCUGUUUUUGUAAACAUCUGGAUUACUUGUCAACAUUUUUGUACAUUGUGACUGUUUCAGUGUAGACACUUCAUUGUAAAUUACAGCUUAGACUUUAGCCUUCUUGGACUUCUGUUUUAUUAUUUGCAGUUCACGAAUAUAGUAUUAUUCUCUACUUCUUGGUACGUUUUGUAGUAAUAUGUUUAAUAUAAUUAUUCAAAAGACUAUAUUGACAGCCAGAUAAUAUGGCAAUUCUGAAUGGAUUUAUGUCUUUUCAUCACUUGAAUAUAUUGCAAUGUGUAGUGAAUUCUUGAGGUAAAUUGUCAUCCUUUUUUGUAUAGCACGUUUAGUUAGAGUUCUUAACACUUCUACUUUUCAUAGUAGUAGUGGAAGGUGAAUUUGGAAAUGACAUUGAUACAAGAAUUAAAUGUUUAUGGACAUUUUUCUUUUUUAUUGUAUUUGGAUAAAGAUCCACUUAAAAUUACUUUAAAAAAAAACAAAGUAUAAUUAUCUUUUUACUAUUGCUGCUUCUACAGAAAACCUGUGAUAGAUAAAGAUGAAAAAUCAAUGCCAUAAUGAAUAUAAAUAAUGACUCCAAAAAGUAAUAAAUAUGAUUAUUUGACACAA